AUGCCCGCAUAUGCUAAAUUCAUGAAUGAACUAUUGAAUGAUAAGCGCAAGUUGAUGGAUGUUGCUUUAGCAGAGGAAUGUAGUGAAAUUAUUCAACAUAAACUACCACCUAAGCUAACAGACCCAUGCAGAUUUACUAUUCCCAUCUUUAUAGGUUCAUUAAAAAUUGGCAAGACACUUUAUGAUCUAGGAGCAAACAUAAAUUUGAUGUUGUUAUCUAUGAUGAGGAAAAUAAAAUGUGGAGAACCGAAACCUACAAAAAUGACUUUGACUUUAGUCGAUCGAUCUGUCACUUAUCCCUAUGGAGUUCUAGAAGACAUAUUAGUAAAGGUUGAUGGCUUAUUGUUUCCAGCCGAUUUUGUCAUUUUAGAUAUGCCAAAAGAUACUAAGACAUCUUUAUUAUCAGGAGGACCUUUUCUCGCCACUAGUAGAGCAUUAAUUGAUGUGGAAAGAGGAAAUUUAAUCCUCCGGUUUAAUAAAGAGCGGUCUGAGUUUGAGAUGAGUCUUGUAGGAGAACUCACUUAUUUUCUUGGUCUUCAAGUUAAGCGAAUGGAAGAUAGUAUUUUUGUGUCUCAAAGAAAGUAUCUUAAGAGUGUAGUGAAGAGGUUUGGUCUUGACAAUGUAAGCCACAAAAGAACUCCUGCUACAAUUCACUUGAAGUUUUCUAAGGAUGAAAAAGGAGUUGAUGUAGACUAA